ACGUGAGAACGCGACAAACCAUCACUCGCAUACACUGUAGCCUAAUUCUCCCCGCUCACUGCGUCACAGAAGAGGUAACGGGUGGCAUUUCUGCAUCUUUUCCCAAAGCUUGCACGCAUUCGACAACAUUACGAUGGUAGACUUUGGCAUUCUUCGUUUUUCUCUGCGCUUCUUCCCUACUUCAUGCCAAAGCGGUGAUUGCAGUGGAUGGGCAGAACGUGCCAGGCGUCGUUUCUAAUCCAGAAAGUGCCCGUCUGCUCGGGGAUCUCGCGCUAAGAAGAUGUAAGACCCAAAACAAGCCUCCCCCCUCCCCAGCACCUUAUUCACAAAAAUGCAGAAGGGAAUUCGACUUAAUGAUGGUCAUGUCACCUACCUGGGUCUUUUGGCAAAGAAAGAUGGCACGAGGCGAGGCUGCUUAAGCAAAAAGAGCUCCGACAACACAAAAUGGCACACCAAGUGGUUUGCUCUGUUGCAAAAUAUGCUUUUUUAUUUUGAGACCGAGUCCAGCUCGCGACCCUCGGGAUUAUACCUGUUGGAGGGAUGCGUGUGUGACAGGUCGCCCUCUCCCAAACCUUCACUGUCAGCCAAGGAGUGCUUAGAAAAACAGUAUUAUUUCACAGUCAGCUUCAGCCAUGAGAAUCAGAAGGCUCUGGAGCUUCGUACAGAAGAUGUUAAGGACUGCGAUGAAUGGGUGGCAGCAAUAUCACAUGCCAGCUACAGAAACCUGGCCACCGAGCAUGAAACACUCAUGCAGAAGUACCUCCAUCUACUCCAAAUCGUGGAGACCGAGAAAACAGUUGCUAAGCAACUUCGACAACAGAUAGAAGAUGGGGAGAUUGAGAUUGAACGUCUAAAAUCAGAGAUUGCAGCAAUGCUCAAAGACAAUGAGAAGAUUCAGUCGAAUCCCACCACUGCUCCUAGCGAUAAUGAUUCAGAAAUCAAGAAAAUCAAGAAAGUACAAAGCUUCUUGAGGGGUUGGAUGUGUCGGCGAAAGUGGAAGACCAUCAUUCAGGACUACAUCCGUUCGCCACAUGCGGAGAGCAUGAGAAAGAGGAACCAAGUUGUCUUUAGCAUGCUGGAGGCAGAGGCUGAGUACGUCCAACAACUCCACAUCCUUGUCAACAACUUCUUGAGACCGCUUCGCAUGGCUGCCAGUUCCAAGAAACCGCCCAUAACUCAUGAUGAUGUCAGCAGCAUAUUCCUCAACAGUGAAACCAUAAUGUUUCUGCAUCAGAUAUUCUACCAAGGGUUGAAAGCUCGAAUAGCAAGCUGGCCAACAUUAGUAUUGGCCGACCUAUUUGACAUCCUGUUGCCCAUGCUGAACAUCUACCAGGAGUUUGUACGUAACCACCAGUACAGUUUGCAGAUCCUGGCCCACUGCAAGCAGAACCGUGACUUCGACAAGCUGCUUAAACAGUAUGAAGCCAAGCCUGACUGUGAGGAGCGCACGCUGGAGACGUUCCUCACUUACCCCAUGUUCCAGAUUCCUCGUUACAUACUGACCCUCCAUGAGCUGUUAGCGCAUACACCGCAUGAGCAUGUGGAGAGAAACAGCUUGGAUUACGCCAAGUCAAAGCUGGAGGAACUUUCCAGAAUUAUGCACGAUGAGGUUAGCGAGACGGAGAACAUUAGGAAGAACCUCGCUAUCGAGCGGAUGAUCGUGGAGGGCUGUGAGAUUCUCCUAGACACCAGCCAGACCUUUGUCAGACAAGGAUCUCUGAUACAAGUGCCCAUGAGUGAGAAAGGCAAGAUCACCCGUGGCCGACUGGGCUCUCUGUCUCUGAAGAAGGAGGGAGAGAGGCAGUGUUUCCUCUUCUCCAAGCAUCUGAUUAUCUGCACUAGAGGCUCUGGAGGAAAACUACACCUCACCAAGAAUGGAGUAGUGUCGCUCAUUGACUGCACACUGAUAGAGGAACCAGAGGGCACAGAUGACGAGUCCAAGUCAGACAAGAGCGGUCAGGACAUGGAGCACCUGGAUUUUAAGAUUGUGGUGGAGCCCAAAGACAGCCAGUCCUUCACCAUCAUCCUGGUGGCCUCAUCGCGGCAAGAGAAGUCAGCCUGGACCAGUGACAUCAGCCAGUGCAUAGAUAAUAUUCGUUGUAAUGGGCUGAUGAUGAACGCCUUUGAGGAGAACUCUAAAGUCACUGUGCCCCAGAUGAUCAAGUCUGAUGCCAGUCUGUACUGUGAUGACGUGGACAUCCGCUUCAGUAAGAUGAUGAACUCGUGUAAGGUGUUGCAGAUCCGCUAUGCCAGCGUGGAACGCCUGCUGGAGAGGUUGACCGACCUGCGCUUCCUCUCCAUCGACUUCCUCAACACCUUCCUGCACUCCUACCGUGUGUUCACCAGCGCAGACGUAGUCCUUGACAAACUCAUUACCAUAUACAAGAAGCCUAUCAGUGCCAUACCUGCCCGAUCCCUGGAGCUGUUUUUCGCGAGCAGCCAGAACAACAAGCUCCUGUACGGAGAGCCACCUAAGUCGCCCCGUGCCAGCCGCAAGUUCUCCUCCCCACCCCCGCUGGCCAUUACCAAGACCUCGUCCCCCAACCGCCGCCGCAAACUGUCCCUCAACAUCCCCAUCAUCACCGGUGGGAAGGCUCUGGACCUGGCUGCCCUUAGCUGUUCCUCCAAUGGCUAUGCAAGCAUGUACUCCUCCAUGUCCCCUUUCAGCAAGACCACGCUGGACAUCAACAAGCUCUACGUGUCCAGCCCCAUCACCAGCAAGAUUCCUGACGAGGGCGAAGGCAAGACGGACAAAGAUGAUGAGGUUUCGCUGUGCAAACAGGACAUUUCAGUGAGGGAGGAAAUCGAUAACGACCAGAUCCAGAGUGAUGAGGCAGAGGCUGAAGUGUCGCCCACCAAAUCACCCACCACUCCCAAAAACGUCAAAUGCAAAAACUCCUCAGAAUUCUCUCUGUUCUCGUACAACAAUGGCAUGGUGAUGUCGUCCUGUCGGGAGCUGGAUAACAACCGUAGCGCCUUGUCUGCUGCUUCUGCCUUCGCCAUUGCCACUGCAGGUGCCAACGAGGGCACGCCAACCAAGGAGAAGUACCGCCGCAUGUCUCUGGCAAGCACAGGGUUCCCCACGGAUCAGAGGAACGGAGAUAAGGAGUUUGUGAUUCGUCGAGCUGCAACUAACAGAGUUCUCAAUGUCCUCAGGCACUGGGUGUCCAAACACUCGCAGGACUUUGAAACCAACACUGAGCUCAAAAUGAAAGUGAUUAGUUUCCUGGAGGAGGUGAUGCAUGACCCUGAACUUCUGACCCAAGAAAGGAAAGCUGCUGCCAACAUCAUACGGACAUUGACACAGGAGGAUCCUGGUGACAAUCAGAUCUCUCUGGAGGAGGUGCUGCAGAUGGCGGAAGGAGGAAAGUCAGAGCCUUUUGAGAAUCAUUCGGCUCUUGAGAUCGCAGAACAGCUCACCCUGCUGGACCACCUUGUUUUCAAAGUCAUACCAUACGAGGAGUUUUUUGGUCAAGGGUGGAUGAAGAACGACAAGAAUGAGAAGACACCUUACAUCAUGAAAACGACAAAACACUUCAAUGAUAUCAGUAACCUGAUCGCUACAGAGAUCCUGUGCAGUGAGGAUGUGAAUGUACGGGUAGCAGUGAUAGAGAAGUGGGUGGCAGUGGCCGAUAUCUGCCGCUGUCUCCAUAACUACAAUGCCGUGCUGGAAAUCACCUCAUCCCUCAAUCGCAGCUCCAUCUUCCGUCUGAAGAAGACCUGGCUCAAAGUGUCCAAACAGACCAAAACAGUCAUUGACAAGCUGCAGAAGUUGGUCUCAUCUGAAGGAAGAUUCAAGAACCUCAGAGAGGCCUUAAAAAAUUGUGACCCUCCCUGUGUGCCAUAUUUGGGAAUGUACCUCACUGAUUUGGCCUUUAUUGAGGAGGGGACGCCCAACUACACAGAGGACAACCUGGUCAAUUUUUCCAAAAUGAGAAUGAUUUCCCAUAUCAUCCGUGAAAUCAGGCAGUUUCAGCAAACGGCAUACAAGAUUGAUUACCAGCCAAAGGCAGCACUGUAUUUACUGGACAGAAGCUCAGUAAUGGAUGAAGAAGGCCUGUAUGAAGCCUCUCUCAGAAUUGAGCCUAAAGUGCCCAACUGAGAGAGGCUCUGCCUAACGUCUACACAAUGUACAGACACCACGCUCU